AUGGGUAGUUUGAAACUGAUAAUUACUCUCUUAUCAUUAUUAUGCUUAUGCUUGUUGAAUAAAUUUAAUCUCCUUGAGGGUCAAAUUCUGCUAUUACCUCAAAUUAGAUUUUCUAAUUAUUUGUCCGACUUUACUGCCAUCAAGCAGACCCUGAAUUACUUAUUUUCUCCUUUUAAUUUGGAACUGGCUUUGAGUGUAUUAAACGUCGGAACGAAGCGGUGCGAUGUGCGAAUAUAUGGCCUAACCGACAAAUCGGAUUACAGCGAAAUUCGGAGGGUGAUGGGGCUUCUAAGGGAAAUAAAACGAGACGGAAAUUUAACCCUAAACAUCAAUAACGACUUGUACGCCAAAUCCGAUGUCCAAUUAAAUGAAGCGUAUGCACGGGUUGUCAAAGAUGUUUUCGGAGCCUUUGUAGGAUCCGUAGACUUUAGAUUUAACUUGGAAAGUGUCAUCGGUACGAUUAACCAAAGAAUAUCCGAUAACACGAAUGGAUUGAUAAAAGAUUUCGUAAAAACUGACCAAGUAGAUCCCUACAUCGUUCUUAUGUCAGUGAAUUCUCUCUAUUUCAAAGGCACUUGGAAGGAACCUUUUAAUAAAGAUAUGGAAAAGUUCACAUUUUUUGGUGAAUCUGGCUCUAAAAGUAUCGAUAUGCUGAAAGGCGAGGAUAUGAAGCUAUUAGUGAAUAAGAACGAUUUAUUAAAGGCAAAAAUCAUUGUUAAAGAUUUUUACAGAGAAGAUUUCAAGCUAAUUUUGCUAAUACCCAUUAAUAAAACAAUACAAUUGUCGCUAGUUGAGACAAAUCUGAUCAAGUACCCACAGGGCCUUUUUGAUGGAAUAGCUAACGCGCGAGAAAUUGUCUCUAACCUUUACAUUCCGAAGAUUGACGAAGAGUUCGAGAUCUCGAUAUUAGAUAUGCUAUCGGAAGAACUUAAAUGCUGGAGAGACUAUGGUAUCGAUAAUAUUGUAGAAGGUUCAGAAUUGACCGUUAGCAGGAUAAACCAUAAAGUUAAAUUGGAAAUUACUGCCGAAGGCUCUGAAGGUGCUGCUGUCGUGGAAUCCGACUUUGGUUACAGAACACUACAUUUUCAAAAACCUUCUCUUUGCACUGAAUGGGGUUUGCAGUCAAAUACCUGCAAAAUUAUUCUCGCCCCCAUCCAAUGGAGCCUCAAAAGGAAUAUGCUAAGCUUAAAACUCAAUCAAAUAUUAGAAAUCGACUACACCAUGAAAGAUCGAGAAAAUGGGGUUCAAUCCACAUCCCAUAAACAAAAAAAAAUAACCCCACUUCAACAAAAAGCCUCAUUGAUUUCGAAGAAAAUUGACAGUCUUAAUAUCAAUGGGGCCCUCAAACUCAUUUCAACCAAUGACACUCUGGCGGAAUCCAAUUUAGAAACCUUAAUUAAGCUUCGAUCAAAGCAUCCCACAACAACAUUUAUGCCAAUAUUGCCCCAACCCUUCUCCCAUUGUGCAGCAGAUUUUACACAGGAAGAAGUAAGGAAAGCAAUCCUAUCUUUUCAUCGGGAUUCGGCUCAUGGUCUAGAUGGGAUUAGACCAAUUUUUUUACAGGACAUUACCUCUCCUGUGAUCUGUACACAGGUUUCAAUUCUCACUAAAAUCACAAACUUAGUCAACAAAAUCCUAAAUGGAGACGUACUUAGCUUUAUUACCCCCUUACUAUUCGGUGCCAGACUCAUCGCACUCCAAAAACCAAACAAGGACAUUCGGCCCAUCGCCAUUGGUUCAACUUACCAUAGAUUGGUCGCUAAAUUAAUCGCAUCUAGAAUCAAACACGAUGCCGCACACAUUCUAAGCCCCUAUCAACUUGGUGUAGGGAUACCUGGUGGGUGUGAAGCCGCUGUGCACUUAACAAGAAUUCACCUUGAAAAUAACCCAAAAAACGAAUCCCUAGUAAAAAUUGACUUCUCUAACGCCUACAACACUCUUUCGCGCAACACGUUCCUACAUUCAACUUGCUUCCAUUUCCCCGCUUAUACCAAAUUUCUUUUCUCUUGCUACCAAUCACCAACAAUCUUACAAUUCAACAAAGAAAAAAUACUUUCUGUCGAGGGUAUCCAACAAGGUGACCCUCUCGGAUCCAUUCUCUUUAGUCUUGGAAUCAAUGACAUGAUAAAAUCAAUAAACUCUUCAUGUACUCUAUCGCUCCACGCUUGGUAUAUUGAUGAUGGAAUCUUGAGUGGUCCCAGUAGUGAAAUUGCCAAAGCAGUCACCAUAAUUAAAGAAAUGGGCACAGCCAUUGGACUUUCGCUUAACCAGAGCAAAUCUGAAUUCUCACUUUUAAAUUCUAAUGCUCCCAACACUCACGAUUUCAAAUUCACAUCAAGCGUUGAAUUAACACAUCUAGGAUCGCCUGUUGGAGGACACGAGGCAAUAAGCACCUUUCUUCAUUCCACACUUGACAUACUCCUUAAACUGGAGGACAUCUUUACACUUCUUCCAUCACACAAUAAAUAUCAGAUUCAACGAAACCGCUUGGGCCCAAGCAACUCUUCCAACCAAAUUUGGUGGUCUCGGCAUCAGAUCUCCACUUGACUUAGCAACAACUACUUUCAUAUCGAGUAGUCUCUUGACAAAGCCAAUAACCACCGCCCAUAAUUCUAAAGAAGACCUUUCCUUAAUCGUGGCUAAGGAUAUUUGGAAAACAAGGAUCAAUGCUGAUUCUCAUCCCCCCACAACCCAUAAACAGAAAGACUGGGAUGCACCAGUGGUUGCACGCUGCGUUGAAACUCUCUUAUCUAGCAUGCAAUCUACCUACCGCACCCUAUUCUCUUCCUUGCUCAAUGGUACAGGACAUGAGUUUCUUGAGGCCAUCCCAUCUACCAAUCUUCAGCUUCAACUAUCCAACAAUGAAUUUACCCAUGCCAUCGGCAUUCGUCUAAAUUGUUCCAUCACUCACCCCCACAUCUGCUCAGGGUGCAACUCGCCAGUUGACUCGAAGGGUAGACAUAGUUUACAUUGUCGCUCCUGCAAUGGACGAUUCAUCAGACACAAGCAAUGUAAUACAAUCAUCCAAGAUGCUCUGAAAUCCGCCCAAAUUCCUUCCACGUUAGAACCACAGGGUCUUUUUAGAUCUGACGGUAAACGUCCUGAUGGGAUCUUCAAAUCCCAUGGAGGAGAGGCCAACUUUUGGUAUGGGACUAUUCCUGUAUUGACCCCUUGGCCCCAUCCAACCACGCCAUCAACAUCCUUGACCAGAAGGAACAACUUAAAAUUUCUAAAUACACAGAAAUAAUAAACGAUCAUUGCUUCAUCCCAAUCAUAUCAACCACUCUUGGCACCUUCGGCAAACUCGCCUUAGCAUUUUUCAAAAACUUAGGAUCACAAAUCAGCAAACUCUCAGAAGAACCUCGAGAGGGUUUUUUUCUUCGUCAACGAUUAUCCAUAGCGAUUCACAAAGCUAAUUAUAUCAGUUUCAAUGGUAGCCUUCUAGCCAAAGAGCUAUCAUAGACAACGCUUACGUUCCUUUUUCAUUUUUGUUUCCCUGCGUCACACCA